AUGGCGCCCUCUGAUCUGGUGGAUAUUGGCACAGCUUGCACUCGUCGAGGAUUUAUCAACACAAUCGGUGUCGUGGUCGAUAAGCUCGAUGUUUAUCGCACGAAAGGGUCCUCAUCCUGUGUUACAUUUACUAUCAAAGAUGCCCAUUUUGAUACUCCAAGCUGGUCCGAAAGUCUCAAGAUCAAGUACUUCAACGACAAUGAAAGUGUGUUACCAGAGAUUCGCCUCAACGAUGUAGUUUUACUGCGAAACAUCCGAAUCACAGUUUUCCAGGGUAGAACCACGGGGGUUGCCUCCCAACAUGAUACAGUCCCAUGGGCAAUCUUCCGACCAGGACCAGACCCCAAUUCAAGCCCGUCUAUCACCAGCGGGCCUGUUCCAUUCGAAUUGAAACCCCUGGAAAAGAGGUUUGCAAUCUCUCUUUUGGAUCGAUUCGUAGUAGAUGAGCAGUCUGCCUCAGCGCCACAACUAACGCGUCGAUCCGCUACUUCGCGGCAGCCGUCUCAGCCCGCCCAACCCGUCCAACCAUCUCAGGUGAUCCAGGCAUCUAUGCCAGCCCCAAAAUGGGGAGGCCUACCCUUCCAUCUAAUCCAAGAUGUCCAAGUCAACAACCUCGCCCAACUGCUAGGCCAGGUAGUGAAGCUUAACACUUGGGACAGCGAGAGAUGUCUCAUGUACCUCACAGAUUAUACCCCCCAUACAGGUCUCAUGGAUAUCAAGAAAGAAAAAGAAGAUGAACAAGGCCCAGAAGGCGACGAAUACAACUAUAUGGCUCGCAAGAAGAAAGACUGGCCUGGCCCAUGGGGCCAACUGACAAUACAAGUUGCGGUCUGGGAGCCGCAUGCCAGCUUUGUACGCGAGCAAGUCAAGGCUGGCGAUCUUGUUCUUUUGACCUACGUGCGCAUCAAAGCUGGCCGCUUCGAAGGCGGCAUCGAAGCUGCUGUGCAUGAAGAUAAAAAAUAUCCAGAGAAGAUCCAUGUUCGCCUUGUUUCGCCUAAUUACGAUGAACGAACUCGAGAGCUUUUGGACCGUCGAAAGGAGUACUGGAGUAUCCACGGCAAGCCUAGUGAGGAUCCGAGGAAGGCUGAAAAGAAGAAAAAGAGCGAACAGAAGAAAAAAGAGAUUCGGAAAGAGGAAGGCCAGAAAACUCUCACAGUGGCUACAUCGCAAGCGAAGAAAAAUCCGCACAUCAAAACGCGGAACAUUGGAGUGCCUGAACGGUCAAUCGAUUAUAUUCUAUCUGGCGAAUCACAUAUCAACAAUCUCCCUGGUGGAAUUACCUACACACUGCCUUUCCAAAACGUCUGCUACGUGCUUCUAGCGCGCGUUGUGGAUUUCUUUCCUCCGAAUCUUGAGGACUUCACCGUACAAGUCCCUAUGAAACGGAUAGCCAGCAACAGAGGCAGAGACCAAGAUAUUGACAGCACACCGCGUAUGGAAUGGCAAUGGCGUUUCUGCCUUCUCGUUGAAGGAACUGAGCCUUUGGUCUCGAAACAGGAAACCCGUAAACAGAUGAAGAUCUAUGUCUCCGGUGGAGAUGGCGAACAUUUGCUCAAUCUCGAUGCUACGGAUCUGCGUCGCAGCCCAGGGCGACUAGCUGAGCUUCGCGAGAAACUAUUCCUUCUGUGGGGCGAUCUCGAAGAAAAGAAGCAAGCGCAGGCCACCGACAAAACCUCGGCUUGGGAACCGGUUAAAUCCUCCUCGGUGCCUUUUAACUGCUGUAUCCAGGAGUAUGGAGUGGAAUGUGGCCAUGCUCCGGACUUGAAUGCCAUGGCCAUUGACGGGGCCGAGCAGCCAUGCAGCCAGUCAGACUGUUUUGGCUGGGAACGACGAUUCUCCAUGUUCGGGACGACGAUUCAUUCAUAG